AUGCAUAUCUGGAUUGCAGAGAAAAUUCUUCUUCUCACUUUUUUGUUGGAAGGUGUUUGCUGUAGAGAUUUCAGCAUCAGUUUGCCAGAGAAGAUUCAAGCUCUCAGUGGAUCCUGUGUGAUUAUAAAGUGCAGAUUUGACAUUAGUGAAGAAUAUGAUAAAGACCUCACUGAGAGAGCUGCUGGAGUCUGGUAUAAAGACAAACAUGAUAAGGGCAGCAGCCCAGUGUUUAAAUCUAAUGCAUCAACCCCCAACUCUUUUAUUAAAGGGAAUGUAACUGGACAAUUAAAAGACAAGGACUGUACCACUGUCUUUUAUAAUGUCACAUCAAAUCACAUUGGUCAGUAUUUCUUCAGGAUUGAGGGUGAAGGUGGACUGAAAUGGACCUACAAAGAAGACAGUGUUUCAGUAGAAGUGAUCGAGUCUCCAGUGAAUCCUCGUGUUGUGCUGUAUGUGGAUGAGCAGGAGCUGCAGGAUCAGCAGGAGGUGUUGGAGGGCAGAUCUGUGAGUCUGCGCUGCUCUGCUGAGACUCUCUGCUCUUCUCCUCCAGCAACUCUCACAUGGAGCUCCACUGCCAGAAUCCCCUUCAGUGAGAGCAGCAAACUACAGGAGCUCAUCAUCUCUGAUCUGAACUUCACUGCUGCUCAGCGGCACCACAGAGUCACUUUCACCUGCUCUAUAAACUACCAGCUGCAGGACAACAACAGAACAGCUCACAGCAGCAUCACAUUACAUGUGCAGUAUGCUCCUCAGAUCUCAAACUCCAGCUGUACCAAAACUAAUGUUACUGUGUGUUUCUGUGAAGCUGAUGGGAAUCCCUCUCCUGAAGUGGAGUGGCAUCUGUCUGAACGUCUCGUCUCGAACUCUUCAAACACAUUCAUCAGUGAAGAGCGAUUGAGCAACACAAGCUUGAGGAGCUUCAUCUCUCUACAUCAGUCUCUCACACACACAAACAAUCUGCUGUGUGUGAGUAAAAACACUUGUGGCAAUGCAACUCAACGUCUUCAACUGACUCCCUCUUCUCAGGAUAUAGGUGUACACAGUUUCUCUGUCCUGAUUGGAGUUGCUGUUGGGCUUUCCCUGAUAAUGAUGUGCAUCAUUAUAUAUUGUGUACGAAAAAACUGCAGAUGCUUACAGAAAAAACAAGAAGAUACUACUGGAGUCAUUACGACUGAUGGGGCUGUUCAACUGGAGGACAAGACUGAAUAUGCCAAUUAUAUUAUUCCACCUCCUGAAUUCACCACAAUAAAAUCUCAAGAAUCUCUCCAUUAUGCUUCAGUUGAGUUCAAAAACAUCAAACAAGAGUCAAAGGAAAUGAAGGAUAUAUCAUCGCUGACCACCGACUAUGCUGUUAUCAAUUACUCUGGUGGAGUGACAAAGACGGAAAGUUCUGUGGGAGGUGAUCAGCCUAGCAUUGCCCCCUCAACUGUUAUGACUUGUCACAAAGAUUCAAAUAUACCAGACAGAUGCAAAUAUUAGAGAAGGGUUCACAUGUAAAUACAUCUUGUGUUGGUCAGGUGAAACUUUUUUGCUUAAUAUCUGCAUUUAAAAACAAACUGCACAAUGAAGGACAAUUAUCAGAGC